GGGAACCUAACUUGUUCCUUGAUCUGGAUCUGUCAAACUGUGUCUGAUCUGUAAAUAUAAAAGACGUCUGCUGUAACGAUCUUAUGAACAGUUUACUCGCGACGAGAGAACAAUGUCGAGAAUUCUUCUGUUCCUGACAUUAAUAUGUACUUACGCACUUGCGUCGGUCCCGGAAGAUGCUAAGCAGAAACGAGGCAUCAUCGGUAAUAAUGGAUGGAUCGGUGUACCGGGUCCUUACGGACAUGGACAUCCGUGGUCGGUCGAUCAUACUCCAUGGAAAGGACUUAAACUGCAAGCAGGAUUGCAUUCGGCAGACGCGCUUUCGACUUAUAGAGAUAGCAUCGCCUUGACACCCGGAAUUCUAAGAGCCCCCGUGUAUGUAACUAAGCACGUGGUGUUGGAGAAACCGGUGCCAGUUCCAGAACCAGUAAUCAUAGAAAAGCCGUAUCACGUGCCAGUAUCAAUCGAAAAGAUCAUUCAUAAACCGGUUCCUGUCCCGGUACCGGUACCUAAGGCGGUGCCAAUCCCCGUGGAGCAUCCGGUGCCAAUUCCAGUGAAGCAGCCAAUCGCGGUGCCAGUACAUCAGCCGUAUCCGGUGCCGGUAAAACAUCCGGUGCCAGUCCCGAUUCGGAUUCAUCCGAUCUCGCCACCACUUCCGCUGAUUUCAGUUGGCGGUCUUCCUGGUGGCACCUAUGUACGCGAUUGUGCACCAGGUCAUCUUUACGCAUCGCCUUACCAUCCGCCGUCAAACGCCCUGCACUUGGAUCACGGCAUCGCCACAUUUCCCCAUGGCUUUGGUCACGGGCUUAGUCACGUGUUGGCGCACGGUCAUGAGUACGACCAUUCCCAUGCCCAUGUCCAUGCUCAUGCCGACCAUCUUGUCCACGAGCAUGAUCACAAAAAGAGGAAGGCUGACAAAAACUGA